AUGUCCGCCCCCAAGGACAACACCCCCCGCGAUGACGGCCACGAGUCGGAGCCCGAGAUGCUCGAGGCCGACGACGUCGGCGAGGAGGUCAACGUCGACGAGGAGGACGUGCCCAUGGACUCGGACGACGAGAACGAGGAGAUCAACCUGCAGAACGACUCGGUCGCCUACUUCGACGCCCACAAAGACUCCGUCUUCACCAUUGCCCAGCACCCCAUCCACCCGACGCUGAUCGCCACCGGCGGCUCCGAGGGCGACACCGACGACGCCCCCGGCAAGGGCUACCUCGUCUCCACCGCGGCCGCCGCCUCCCGCCCCGUCCUGCCCGCCUCCUACUCGGGCGACGCCUCGCAGCAGCAGAGCACCGCCCUCGACAGCAUCUACGCCAUCGACGGCCACACCGACUCCAUCAACGCCCUCGCCUUCACCCUGCCGCGCGGCGACUUCCUCGUCAGCGGCGGCAUGGACGGCAAGCUGCGCGUGCACGCGCUGCGCGUCAACUCCCCGACCGCCGAGGCCGCCAGCGUGCAGAUCAAGUUCAUCGCCGAGGCCCAGGAGGUGCCCGAGAUCAACUGGAUCGCGCCCUGCCCGUCGCCGCAGUACCCCAACACCAUCGCCAUCGGCGCCAGCGACAACUCGGUCUGGGUCUACACCAUUGACAUUGCGGCCGGCGGCGGCGACCCGGCCAACGCGCUGCAGCUCGUGCAGACGUACUGGCUGCACCAGGCCCCCGUCACGGCCGGCGCCUGGACCCCCGACGGCAACCUGCUGUGCACCGUCGCCGAGGACUCGAGCCUGUACGUGUGGGACGUCUGGGGCGAGGCGGCGGCCAAGGGGCUGGUGGAGAGCAACGGGCAGACGACGGUGAGCAUGACGGCCGAGGACCAGCGGUUCGAGGUCGAGGGCGGGCUGUACAGCGUCGCCGUCGACCCCAAGGGCGCGCUGGUGGCCGUCGGAGGCGCGGGCGGCGCCAUCCGGAUCGUCAGCCUGCCGAGGUUGGCGAGCAGCGCGCAGCCGGGCAAGGGCGGCAAGAGCAAGUCGAACGCGGACGUGGCGGCCGGCGGACAGAUCCUCGCGGCGCUGCAGACGGCGUCGGACAGCAUCGAGGCGCUCAGCUUCACGACGGCGUCGGGCGGUCCGGGCCAGGUCUCCACGCUGCUGGCGGCGGGUUCCGUGGACGGCAGCGUCACGGUGUUUGACGCGGGCCGGAGGUUCGCCGUGCGCAGGAGCCUGCCCGGCGCGCACGAGGAGUUCAGCGUCGUCAAGGUGGAGUUUGUCAAGAACAGCUGGCUGCUGACGACGUGCGGCAUGGACGGCGUCGUGAGGCGGUGGGACCUGCGGGCGCAGGACUCGGGCCUGGUGAAGGAGUGGAGGGGACACCGCGGCGACGGCGAGGGCGGCGGCGUGCUGGGCUUCGUGCAGGGCGAGACGGGCGAGAGGGUCGUCACCGCCGGUGACGAUGGUGUCGUUUUGGUCUUUGAGGCCUGA